AUGCCAAACCUGUACGAAACUUUGGGACUGAAACGCUCCGCCGACGAAAAGGAAAUUCGCCAGGCGUAUCGGCGGCUGGCUCGCCAGCAUCACCCCGACGUGAACCCGGGCGACCCCGACGCCGCCGAGCGCUUCAAGUCCAUCAACGCGGCUUACGAAGUCUUGUCCGAUUCGGAUAAGCGCGCCAAGUACGACCGAUACGGCGACCAAUGGGAACACGCCGAACAAUUCGAACAGCGGCGCGGCGCCGGUCGAGAUUUCAGCCAGUCCUUCCGAUCCGGAGAUUUCGGCCGCGGGCGCAGGGGCUCGUUUACCUUCUCCACCGGCGGCGGUUCUCUUGACGACCUUUUGGGUAGUUUCGGCAGGGGCGGCGCACCUUUUCGCUCCCCGCCCACCGACGUACCGGUUGACAUCACGCUGGAGGAAGCCGACCACGGCGCCACCCGCCUCGUCAGCCUCCCCGAUGGACGCCGCCUGGAGGUAACCAUUCCGCCCGGAAUCUCCGACGGCGGGCGGGUGCAUAUCGGCGCCGGGAAUCCUUCCGGCAGCGAAUUCAACCUCCUGGUUUCCGUGCUGCCUCACCAUCGUUUCGAACGCGAUGGUCCCGACCUCUACACCUCCGUUGACGUUCCCCUGGCCGACGCUAUCCUCGGCGGUUCAACCAAGGUCACCACCCUUCGCGGGCAGAUCGAGUUGACCCUGCCACCCGAAACCCAGAACGGUCGACGUUUUCGCCUCGCCGGCCAGGGCCUGUCCCAGCUCCGCAAUCCCGAUCGUCGCGGAAAUCUAUUUGCGACCAUCAACGUAGUCCUGCCGACCGGUCUCUCAGAGGAACAAAGGCAGCUGUUCGAACAGUUCCGCGAGUCCGUUUCGGCCAAUCACUCCUCGGAUAACGACUGGGACAACGACUGCUAA